UUUCGACAGGUUUGAGGGGCAAUGCAGUUGUAACAGUGUGAAUGGAUUUAAUCAGCGAUUCUGAUAAUUAAAUAAGUAUUAAUUAAAGAAGAAUGUUUUAGACUUCAUAAGUAAAGUCGUCUAUGUCAAGACUGGACAAAAUCACCUAUGAAGAGCACAUUAUGAAGACAAUUUUUAGCACAGUUUUGUUAGUUCUGGUCCUUCCAUGGAAACUAAAUGGUGAUAUAACCCUCAGCCCAAAUGCCUUCAACCAGGAUGAAGGAACUUCUGAAAGUCACAAAUUUUCUUCAAUAACUGAAGGAUCUACCACUGUCCUACAAGUUCAAGAUGAAUAUACCACUUUAACCACAGAUCCCCAUAUAAAAUACCCAAAUGCUUUAGAUGGAACUUCGGUGGAGAUUAGCCAUGGUGGUGCACUUCCUAUUAAUUCAACCACAGUAGAAGCCAUCUUCCUACUAAAUAGCUCCACAAAGACCAAAGGCUCUUCCACUGCCACAGAAAAAAAGGGUAUGAAAACUCGACAUAAAAUAGCCAUAAGAGAUAUAGCUACAAACGCAGAGACCGACAUUUCUCCCUCUAAGCAAGACUCAGAUAAACAUGCUACAGAGUCUACAACUCAAAAUGCCAUCUCCUCUUCUAAAUUACCCUCAGAAUUCAUUUCAGUUAUGACCCAUGCAAAGGGCCAAACCACCAUAGAAAGAUUCUCUACAGAAAAAAGCAGAUCAUCUUCACAUUUGUUCUCUCAGGGCCCCUUAGGAGGAAGGAUGAAAGAGAACCUUCUUCAACAUAACCAAACUAAAUCAAAGGAGACUACAAAGGAAGCCAGCAGAAUGCUGGUCAAGCAUCAAAUAUUGCACACACUGCCUCAAAUCCAUACAAAUUCCACUGACACAAAAGGCCCAACAAAAAGCCCUUCAGAAGUUGUCACAAAAGAAGUAGAAAAGGUGCUGGUGCAUCCUCUGACAAUAAUACAGACUACAGAGCAUUCUUCAGAGAACCAAGAAAACGAAGGAAUCAAAGCUACUACUUUAGCCAGAAAUCAUUCAGAUGUGAUGUCGCUUGAUAACAGUGCCCAAACAUAUAACCCCGCUCGUAUCAGUUCUUCCAAAAUGGGAGUCACAUUACCACAAACUCACCCCACAAAUCAGACAGCACCUUCCUCUGGUCUUAUUUCUACUGUUAACACAGAGAUCCUCACUACUACCGCAACCAAUAAUGAAAUAACUACCGGCAAACAAGACACUGGCGGUAUGACUAGAGAAGGAAAGACUUCCACCACUCAACCAGGAAAGACACAUGCGACCAAGCCAAAGGAAGGGAAUAUAAUGCAGCCCACCAAAGCAGAGACCUCAAAACCUCCAGGAACACAAAACGAAGGGGAGGCCAGGACAAAGCAGGGAAGACACAAAGGAAGCAAAAGUAAUCCAGGACCCAUAGUGGCGAGCGUGAUCACCGGAGUUCUGGUUCUUAUGCUCAUAAUGAUUGUGAUGAUCUUGGUAAGGAAUCAUCGCAGGAAGAAAAAGCAAAUUAUUAAUUCUGACUGGGCCGGUCCCUCGCCAUUCCUUGAAGGUAGUAUAGAGCCCAACCUGCCGAGUGAGCCGUUCCACCAAAAUAAGUCCAAAAGGAUCUCCCUACAUUCAUUUCUGCCGCAGCAGCUGUCCAAUCGGCUCGCGAUGCUGCCGGAGGAUAACCUCCACAUGGUGGACGUUUCAGGAGGUUGUACAUUUGGCAGAAAUGUGGAAGACGAUGUCCUAGCAGAAGCUGGCAAAGCAGAAAUGGAAAAAGAACAGAUCCAGACGCACCACACAGAUCAAAGUCAACCCGCUGCGUCCCCUCCAUCAGACAUCUCCGCUGCUGAAACGGCGAACACACCCACUGUUCCUGCCAUCAGUCUGAGCAUCCAACAAACGCCUCACUCUGAUGAAACCAUUCCAUUUACACCCUUGGGGAACACUACUGUUGCUCCACCUCAUUUUGAAGAUGUAGAUCUUGAUCGUGCUUUGGAACCAACUGCUGAAUCUGAAACACUUCCUACACCACCACCACCCCCACAAAGUCAGUAACCUGAAGAAAACACUUAUCCACUGGCAACCACUGAUGAGAAGAGAAAACCACCAAGAAGAAAAAUGAAAGGCCUUUUAUCCAGAACUGGUGUCAGCCAUUAUUAACCUGAACAACUGUCAGCUAGUUCGUUAACAAUAUCCCUUUUAUGUUCAGCAGUAAUCAACCACUCUGCAUCAUUAAGACAAAUAUUUGAUAUUUAAUUAUUUGUUGCUACAACAAACGCCUCCCCCCCCCCCAUUUAGACUGCUGUUGUAAGCAGAACAUAUGAAAAAUACACAAGCUAUCAGAAACUUGAAAAUAUUUUGAAUAUUAACCGUGUAUACUUUGCAUUUAUACACAGAAUUUGCUCACUAGAUAUAGUUAGAUGAUGGACUUGCAGCACUGAAAUGCUCCUUUAUAACUAAACCGAUAUUGGAAAGAGUGAGUGCAGACUAGUUUAGUCUCUCUCGCUCAACAAUGAGAAAGGUUGCAAUUUUCCAGCUGAGAGGGUACAUAAGAAUGAGAGUAGUGUGUGUGUGUAUAAACGAGAGAGGGAAAAAACCACACACACACACACACACACACACACACACCUCUCAUUCUUAUGUAUGUAAUGAGCACAGCUUCUGAGCAAGUUACUGCAUUACACCCUGCUUUUCCCAGCAGCCAAGCUCGCGAUGAAACAGUCAGCUCAGCAACUUCUGGUCCUGUAAGCAUAUCUUUCUGGCUUUACCUAAUUUUGUUAAUCCUAUUAAGAGGUUUAUGUCCUUUAUUUUUAAACAAAAAGCAUAACUGUCUGAAUUGAAUAUUAAUAUGUUUUAUAUCUGCUACUGAAUAAAUAUCUGCCCACAAUAUA